CUAUAAGACCAGUAAUUCCUCGGAAGCCACGGUCGAGGCGACUCCAGAAAGCUUCCCCUCCGCGGUCCGCUCGCCUCCUCACGGCGCCAAAGCAGCCAGGAAGAAGAAGAACCACGCUGUUUCUAGGACGAUUCCUGGAACAGCCAACUUCUGAACCUCUAUCUGCAAGACUGCAGACAGUAUAAUACUUCUUCCUGGUUGCAGCCGCCUCAGCGGAAAAACCAAAUUCAGCUUCAUUCAUGGGUUCCCCAAGCAAAACACGUCGGAUGAAGCCAUUGGGGAUUCAGCUAUAUGAGUGUGCCCGGGGGAGUCCUAUCUCCUUCAGAUCAUGCCAGGCUCUUGUAUUGAUACUGACGUUCUUAUCCUAUGCUAGCUAUCAUGCCACUAGGAAGACUACAAGCAUUGUCAAGAGUGUUCUUGAUCCUAAGACAGAAAACCUAGGUAUGUUGCAUUGGCCGAGCCAUCUGUAUCUUCAGGAUUUAAGAGAUGCACAGGGCAACAUGACGGCUCUCUAUAGCGGCUGGGCUCCGUUUAAUGCCGACGAUGGUACUGCAUUGCUCGGGGAGAUCGACUUGGCAUUUCUCGGAGUAUAUGCAAUCGGCAUGUUCUUCGCUGGCCAUUUGGGUGAUCGGGUGGAUCUCAGGAUACUUCUGACCAUCGGAAUGAUAGGCACUGGAUUUUUCACUGCUGCCUUUGGUGCCGGCAACUGGCUCAACAUACACAACUUCUACUACUUUCUGGGUGUUCAGAUGAUGGCUGGCCUGUUUCAGUCAUCCGGCUGGCCAUCUGUGGUUGCAGUUGUUGGUAAUUGGUUUGGAAAGAGCAAAAGAGGGCUGAUAAUGGGAAUCUGGAAUGCUCAUACAUCUGUGGGAAACAUAUCUGGUUCCUUAAUUGCAGCUGCAAUGUUGAAGUUUGGAUGGUCAUGGUCGUUUGCAGUCCCUGGAGUGAUGAUCGCAGUCGUUGGGCUUGCAGUGUUUCUGUUCUUGCCUGUCGGUCCGGAGAUGAUUGGAAUCGAGGAGGAUAUCCAUGAGAAGGAUGCUGAGAAGGAUGACAUGAGUGCACCUCUGUUGGAAGAACGAUCGGCAUCAAAAGAAAAGGCAGUCGGGUUCAUUCAGGCUUGGAGAAUUCCUGGUGUAGCGCCAUUUGCUCUCUGCCUUUUCUUCUGCAAGCUUGUGGCUUACACAUUCCUGUAUUGGCUUCCGUUUUAUAUCAGCCACACAGCAAUCGGUGGAGUGUACUUGUCAGACACCGCAGCCGGUGUACUGUCAACUCUGUUCGACGUGGGUGGCGUUGUCGGCGGCAUCCUUGCCGGCCACAUCUCCGACCGCCUCGACGCACGGGCGCUGACGGCGGCGAGCUUCACGUUCUCGGCGAUCCCGGCGCUCUUCUUCUACCGCAUAUACGGCAGCUUCUCGCUGUACUCGAACAUCGCCCUCAUGUUCGUCACCGGGAUGCUCGUCAACGGGCCGUACGCCCUCAUCACCACCGCCGUCUCCGCCGACCUCGGCACGCACAGCUCCCUGAACGGCAACUCCAGGGCGCUCGCCACCGUCACGGCGAUCAUCGACGGGACGGGGUCGAUCGGCGCCGCGGUCGGCCCGCUGCUGACGGGGUACAUCUCUGCCAAGAGCUGGAGCGGCGUGUUCACGAUGCUCAUGGCGUCCGCUUUCGUCGCGGGGCUGCUCCUGUCGAGGCUGGUCAUGGCGGAGAUCUCCGCGAAGAUGGAGUCCCGGAGGCCUGACGCUGCUGCUAGUGAUCUGCCAGUGUCCUCCAUGGAACAAUCUUAGGCUCCAUUAGACACUUUGGAAAUUGUGUCCCUGGUGAAAUGCUGAGAAAUUUUACAAGCGAAAAAGCCUGAAAAUGGAGACUUGAGAGGUGUGGCAGGAAGAGCAAACCCCUCACAAAUUCCCUUUUUUUUUUACACCUGAGGAGCAAGGUGCUCUCUCCAGCCCCAGGAUUGCAUCUUGGCUAUGAGCGAUUUCUGUUGCUUGUGAUGUGUAUAUGGAACUCCUACCGUAUGAAGUGAUGAUUGUCAACUCUAGCUGUUGACAAAGGCGCGCGUGUGGAAUGCGGGAGGUUUUCCGGAUUUCUGUAUAGCGAGUUAUAAUCGGGCUCUUAAAGCUUGUGCGAGAAUGCAGCAGAAGUGUUGGUUCCUAUCAGAUGCUAAUGUAAUCUUGCUGAUUCACCGGUGAAA